GAGCGGAGCGGAGUCCAGCGGAGCGGAGCCUAGCGGAGUCCAGCGCAGCGGAGUCCAGGGGCGCGACGUCACAGCCUCUCCACAGGCGGAUUAAAGAUGGCGCCGUCUCAUGUGCUGCGGUGCUGUCAGCGCGGCUUGUCGUGGAUCCCGGUGAUCUUCAUUAACCUGGUCGUGUGCUGGUCCUACUACGCGUACGUGGUGGAGCUCUGCAUCUACACAAUCCCUAACGCUGAGGAGCAAGUUAUUUAUCUGGUAGUGUUUCACGUCUGCUUCGUAAUGUUUAUGUGGUCAUACUGGAAAACUAUUGUUUCCAAACCCAGCAACCCUUCAAAAGAGUUCUGUUUGCCGAAAGCAGAGAAGGAGCAGUAUGAAAAGGAGGAGAGGCCAGAGGCUCAGCAGGAGAUCCUGAAGAAGGUGGCCAGGAAUUUACCCGUAUACACCCGUACAGGCUCUGGAGCUAUCCGAUACUGUGACCUCUGUCAGCUGAUCAAACCGGACAGAUGCCAUCACUGCUCCACAUGUGACCACUGUGUCCUGAAGAUGGAUCAUCAUUGCCCCUGGGUCAAUAACUGUGUAGGCUUCUCAAACUACAAGUUCUUUGUGCUGUUCCUGGCCUACUCCAUGCUGUACUGCGUUUUUAUUGCAGCCACCGUCUUGCAGUAUUUCAUCAAAUUCUGGACACUUUGCCGAAGACGAUCUGUAGAGCAUUGUCCAGAGAAUCAGCUGCCGGACAAUCACGCCAAGUUCCAUGUGCUGUUCCUGUUCUUCGUGGCGGCUAUGUUCUUCAUCAGCAUCAUGUCCCUGUUCAGCUACCACAUCUGGCUCGUGGCCAAGAACAGGACUACUAUAGAGGCUUUCAGAGCGCCGGUGUUCAGAAACGGCCCCGAUAAAAACGGCUUUACUCUGGGCUUCCGCAAGAAUCUGGCCCAGGUUUUUGGAGACCAAAAGAAACACUGGUUCCUGCCUGUUUAUUCCAGUUUGGGAGAUGGUUAUACAUUCCCUACUCGAUUAGUCAACACGGAUUCUGAACAGGGAAUUGUGGACCACCAGAGCAGCUCCAAAUGUUCUGUCGAUGGCCAAACGAACAGCCGGCCUCUGAGUGACUCACAGAAUCAUCUCCUAAGCAACGAUGUGCACUCGGACGAACAGAAGGACUGCAGUGUUGCAAAGGCUGAUAACGGCCUGACGGUGAUCGUGACCGUGGAGAGCGAGUCCUAACCAGGGCCUCGGGGCUAGAGAGUGAUUGUAUCCAGCCAGUCUGGUCGUUUGGGAGCUGCGCACUCAUCUUUUAACUUGAGAGACCAGGGAGCCAUCAGAGAUGCCUUAAACAUAGCAGCUCCCUCUCAUCUCCAUGGAAACUGGUAACCAAUGAGCACACAUGCGUCCACACAGCAUCUGUGUCUCAUCACCCAGCACCGCCUCCACUGUACUAACGGGACCUGCUUUCCAUUCGAGUCUUUUAAAAAACAAACAGGUUUUUGACCAAAAUCUCCCGUUUUAGCCUGUGUUCCUUUUAUUUGGACGGACUGUGAAAGUCUUACGCUUAACUGAGCUGUUUUCAUGUGAAAUGUGGAAAAUAUGGUUAUGAUACAGCUGUGCUACUUUCACCAUUGCUUUUUUUUUCUUUCUUUUUUUGGGAAAGCGGGAAAGUUUAUGGAACUGGACUAAUGAUGAGAUGUAAUUCUUUUUAAUUAGUUGUUUUAAACCGAUUAUCAUUAUUAUUUUUAUUAUUAUUAUUAUUAUUAUUUUUAUUAUUAUUAAGAAAUUAUGCCAUUUAUAGUGUCUGGGCAGCCUGUACCAAACGAUCUGGCGCUCAGCCUAGUUGCAGUGAUUAGUAAUGAAACACUACACAGUCUUAUCAGGGCACAGAACAACUUAACCUUCAAGCCUGUCCUGGAACAGGACGCGUUAGCCGCGUUAAAGGCCGCUGUUCUUCAGCCGAAUCUUUAUCUGCUGCGUCUGUAACAGCCGGUUUCCCCAGACAGCAACUUCCCUUUAGUUAGAAAAGAACAGGAAACGCUUUCAACAGAAAAACACUGACGCUGGGUUCCUGCUGACCGUUGCUCAUUCUUAGUCUUAAAAUAGAUUUAAUAAAUAAAUAUUUCUAAAAUAUCUGAAAAUGUUUUUUUUCUACUAGAUGAUUAAAUUUUAAGACGAAGCCUCGGGUGAAAAGUCUCUGAGUAAAUUAAACUGGAUUAUAAAACAUCCUGCUGAUGCUGCCCCUGUGGUCAGAAGCUGAGGAGCCAGGACUACAAGGGUCAAGCAAGUUCAGAGCGUAUAUCCAUGUCUGAUUUUCCACAAAGCUGUUUGAGAGAUUAGACUUUAAUUGUUGCCAUAUUUGAGUUUACAUGCAUUAUGUGGAGGAAAUGAUCUGAAAGCACCAUCGGCUUCUUUUAUCCGUUUUUAGGUCAGCAGGUUUUGUUUUUUAUUUACCACAAGCUGCUUGUUUUUCAUGGAAAUCGUGUUUGUUGCGCAUGCAGGAGAUGCUGGGCUGAAAAACACUGAUGUACCGCUUUAAAGAGAAUGUGUGUCAUCAGCUCUCUGAAGUGUGGAGUCUAGAAUGAGCCCCAGUACUCGACUCUGCUCUGUAAGUAGCGCCACGAUCUGAAGUGGCAGAUUUGAGCAGUGAUGCUUUUAACAUUUUCCAAGUUCAGUGAACAGGACGAGCAGUUGAACCUCGCUCUUCUGAGACCUCGCUGCUGUUCUGGGACGCGAAAGAACCGCCUCAGAACCGCCCCAGCUUAGAUCAAGGCCUGCAUUCUGGAAGCUCUUCAGGAGCGCCGAUUCUGGAUGAUCUGGGACGUCGUGAAAUAAAUUAGUGUGAACAGAGUCGAAUCCUAGAUCAGCACGUUUAGUCUUUGUAAGGCAUUUUAGAGCAGAGGUGCUUAUCUAGGCAGGCUUUCUCACCCAGUUUACACCGGUCAGGCGUAACGUUCUGACCACCUCCUCGUUUCUCUGCUCACUGUCCACUUUAUCAGCUCCAC